UCUAUCAAUCAACGCAGAAGCAAAAUGGCGGCCACAUCAGUUCCUCUUUUUUCGCCCUCUUCACAACCUGAUUUGGAAAAUAUGGAGGCUGAUAACCAAAUAAAUGAGUUUUCAUUCGGUCCUCCUAUGAGUCAAGAUGCCUCCAUGUACUCAGGAUCGAUUGAGCAACAGGAAGAAUUCAUGGAAAGUGGUAGAAAAGUUGACGAAUCGAAUGGAGGCCCUCGGUACAGAUUCCCUUUCUAUUCGCAAAUUUUCAAUAAGAAAAACUACGAUUGGUUAUUGGAAGUGGAUCAAUCGGGUGAUGAUGAUGAUUUCAACAAGCCCUUGCUUGAAGAACUGGACAUUGAUCUGCAAGAUAUCUACUACAAAGUUCGCUGCGUGGUGUUUCCUCUUCCAUCCUUGGGGUUUAAAAGGGAUGUAUUGAGGGACAGUCCUGAUUUCUGGGGUCCUCUUUUGGUGGUUCUUUUGUAUGCAAUGCUGGCAUUAUUUGGACAGUUUAAGGUUGUCUCUUGGAUUAUAACAAUAUGGCUGCUGGGCUCUCUCAUUAUCUUCUUGUUAGCCAGAGUACUUGGCGGAGAGGUGAACUACUCUCAGUGUCUUGGUGUGAUUGGUUACUCACUUAUCCCUCUGGUGUUGACUGCAACAGCCCUGCCAUUGGUUCAUUACUUUCCCAACAUUAGCACUGCUAUCAAGUUGUUUGGGGUUGUCUGGGCAUCAUACAGUGCAGGAUCUCUUCUCAUCCAGGAUGAACUAAAGAACAAAAGACUGUUACUUAUGUAUCCCAUUCUGCUCCUCUAUAUUUACUUUUUCUCUCUGUACACUGGUGCUUGAGGAAAUUCACUGCUGCACUUACCUAAAGGAUAGAGGGCAGUGUUUGAACUUAUGUCAUACAGUUGGAAUGUGCCAAUUCACUUUUAGGGGUGGGGUUACAGGGCCGGGUUGUGUUGUUGUAGGUAUCAAAAUUUACUAAAUUAUGGUGAGAACUCAUACAAAACAAACCUCCAACUUUUGCUAACAAGCUAAAAGAUUAGAUACACGUGAAGUACUUGGGGCAUAAGCACCUGUUGUAGCUCCUAACCAAAGUGGCUUUGUGGACAAAUUUGCUGAACUUUGCAUGUGUUUGCAUUUUCUGUUUUUCUAAGCUGUAUGUAUUCAAAACUCAGAUUUAUGAGAUCUCUGAUUUAGCUUGGUUUAGUUUCCUACAGUUCUAAACAAGGGCUCAGUAUAUUUUGAAAUUAUAUCUUGUAGAAAAUAGGUGCUAAAAGAAAAGGGAAGGCUGAGUUAGUUAAGAAACAGCCAAAUUACAGCCAGAUAAAUGUAUCAAAACUGUACAUAUAUAAAUGGGAAUUAAAACCAAUGAUGCCAA